CCUGUCAGCAAAUUACAAAUGGAGGAUUGAGUAAAAGUUUCGCUUGAUUUCAAGCAAUUUUUGUGAAAUUAUUGAAAUUAAGAUUACGCCACGAUUAGGAGUUAAGCCAGUUUCGUAUCUAUAAAUGGAAAUAUUCUACUAACAAGAUGUUAUUGACUAUACACAACCUGCCGGGUUCUACCCGUUACGCGGAUGUAAAAAGCUUACUGAAGGACAAAUGCGGUCUGACGGAAGUUAUCGUAGACAAUUUGGUGAAUGAGGGUAAAAGCAAGAAAGUCACCGUGGGACUGGCGACUGAAGAUGAUGGCGCGUUUGUGGUCAGAAAACUCAACGGGUUGUUCAUUAACGGGCAGCAGUUGUACAUUGAGGACAAGAGGCGACCCACGGCUGAUCAGCCGUACCGCCCGGGCGGCCUCGACCCUGUGCAGCCCGACGUCAUGAUGCCACCUGUAAUGGCACCUGUUGUUCCAGCAUGGAACCAGACAGUAUCCAUGCCUUAUAUGCAGCCGAUGCCAGUUGAUCAAACCUUAGCUUAUACGGGCUAUGUCGGCGUUCCUCAGGCGAUGCAUUAUACGGAACCCAUCCCAGUUUCUGCUCAAGUUGUUGGGUACUCGGGGUACCAGGCUGAAGCGUACGCUCCUAAUAACGAGCCUAGACACCAGGAGCCUGGUGAUUGGGGUAGGAACUCGAGGGAGCAACCUCCCGAAACGUUCCGAAACAAGGAUAGGAAACGUCGUCAUUCUCCCGAAAGACCAGCGGCUGGCAGCAAAAGAUCGUCUAGACUUGACAACUUUAACAAGUCGAAGAAUCGUCGAGAACCUUCUCCACCUCGUAAACAAUGGGCGGACGAGAAUCGCGUUUUUCAAGAGCAGUUCUCUCGUCAGAACCAAAACGUUGAACCCCAAUAUCAACCUAGAGAGCCCAAUCCUGACUACCGGCAAUCCGAUCCCAUGUGGAAACAACAGUCACGCUGGGACGAGCCCAAACCUCGCGCGGAACGCGAGCGACAGUGGGGCAACGAUAAUCGGGGCUGGGAGCCACAACCUGAUAAAACGUGGGAUGAUCAACCUCAAUGGCGUGAGGAACCCAGGCAAUGGGACAACCAACCGAAACCGCAAUGGGAUAGCCCACCGAAACCGCAAUGGGAUAACAGAGCCAAACCGAAACGGGAUAACCAACCCAAACCACAAAGGGAUAACCAGCCCAAACCGCAUUGGGAUAACCAACCCAAACCGCAAUGGGAUAGCCCUCAGAAACCGCAUUGGGAUAACCAACCGAAACCGCAAUGGGAUAGCCCACAGAAACCCCAUUGGAAUAACCAACCGAAACCCCAAUGGGACAACCAAUCUAAGCCGCAAUGGGAUGACCAACCGAAAUCGCAAUGGGAAGAUCGAGUACCCGUGGAAAACGUUCGGUCAGAAAGGUACGAUCACCUAGCGGCUAGCGAUGCACCGCGUGGAAAUGAUCAAGACUUCCAACCGCGGGAUCAUGGUCGCUACAGGGACUCCCGGCCCCGAAACCAAAACUUUGACGAACCAAUCAGCGAUCCCGUUUGGACCAGAGAGCCCGAGAAUUCCUUUAGUUCUUCAGGCAGGCAAUCAAGACCUGCAGAAGAACCGCGAAGGAACCGGCCAACAUCCAAAAACGGACGCCAAGGGAGUGAUUGGCGUGACGACAGGCCGGUGGCACCCCGAGACCGCUCGGGCGGCCGCCAGAAGCCCGACUACGGCAAACCGAAGGAAUACCCUUCUAGGGAGUUCAAAAGGCAGGCGAGACCCGAACAUGGCCCGCCUAAGGCCGCACCGAAACAUGAGACACCUAGACACGAAAGAAACGAAGUGCACACCGCUAAUACGAAUAAGAAUAAUUUUGUUAAAGCGAAGAAAACGUAUCCGCCCGUGUCAGUGCGACCGGUUAAUAAGCCUGUUGGUGUUGAGGUGCGUUUAGACAAAAACAAGCCUCAAAGUCUUCGCUCUAUGAUAAAUAAGGAUCAAACAAAUCGUCAACAGGCCACUGCUCUGAUCGCCAAAAAAACCCUCGGUGUAGACAUCGAGAAACAAUACUUUCCUAAAGGGCCUCUUGAUGCCUUUAUUUUCAAACAAUUGAAAGCGUGCAUCAAAUCGCGUGUAGACGUAAUAUUCGGCGAGGAACUGAGUGUGCAUAUGCCUGAUGUUAUUCAGCGCUAUAGGGCGACGUUUCCUUUUAAAGACGAUAAGACGUUAAUGGUGCAGAUUCGCGAGAAAAGUACGAGGGAAUAUGAGGCGUUACCGCCAAAGGAGAAAAAAGAUGCAGACGAUAUCUUUCAAAUGAAGAAAGAAAAAGAUGAAGCUGAACGACAGAACGGAAGAGAACAAAAGAAAACCACAGCAGUUCCAGAAGGAACCGCAAAUGUAAAGAAUGUAACCGCAGAUGUAAAGAAUGUAACCGCAAGUGUACAGAAUGUAACCGCAAGUGUAAAGAAUGUAACCGCAAGUGUAAAGAAUGUAACCGCUGCAGCUGCAUCAGCCGCUGCGAAGAACACAGGCCCACCAGUCCACCCGAGCAUAGCUAAACAGGCUAAGAAGAAACCGGGGGCGCCUCUCACAGAUAAACAAGUCAUCCAACAGAUGAAACUGCUUCGCAAAUGGGAAUUCGACCAGGACGACCUCUACAGCAUGGAUGAGUAUAAUACCAAGGCACUGGAGGACGAGAUGGCACACUUGGACAAGUUGUUCUCUGAAGAAUGCUUAAACCCCGCCGGUCAGCAAGAAGCCGUAAUCUGCAAACUCCUUAACACCGACAGUCUGAAUGACUUUAACAAGACAAUCCGCCUAUACAUAACCAAGCGUAUCCUCAACAUCCAAACCGGCUUAGCCGUCCGUAUGUUCGCCUCCGGCAAGCCUCCUAAGAAAGAGGCAGUCUUGCAGUACCUGAAGAAACACAGGAUUCAGGCGUCGGCGGUCAAGAAGAGCGUUAAGGGAGCUAUGUUCAUGGUCAAUCUUACCCGGUUUGAGGACUUUGACAAGCUCUGUAAUAUAGACAAUGACGUCAUUGACGGCAUCCCAAUAAACUUCAAAGCGAUGCACCUCAUCGGCCCGCCGCCGAAAAUAAGCAGGAACCAGAUCAAGUCCAUGCGUCAGAAGAUGAUCGAGAAUCAAAUCGGGGGCUUGGACAUGGCUGAAUUGGAAGACGUGGACUUUGACGCCACAGGGGACGGUGGCGCAGGGGACACAUGGGAUGGUGACGCAGAGGAUAAAUGGGAUGGUGACGCAGGGGACACAGGGGACGGUAACGCAGGGGACAGAGGGGACGGUGACGCAGGGGACGGUGACGCAGGGAGCACAGGGAACAUGGACACAGCAUUUGUCGCGGAGGAAGAUUUUACGGAAGACAAGUUCGCAGGGGAAGAUAUCUCCAAAGAUAUUGUGAAAACUGAAAACGAGAUGGGCUUCGCGGAGGAGGUCAAUAUAGAGAACAUUAAUGAGGAGGACUUGGAGGACUUUUAGCUUUAAGUCCUCCUUUGGUAUAGUCAGCAAAACAAACCCCUUGGACUCUGCGCCUAUCGUACUCGGUGCGUCAUCGUGAAAAGUGAACCUUGUGGGAAUGGACGAAGGUUGAUAUUGGACUAAGGGCCUACCGCGAACCACGUUCAACGUGUUGCCUUCCUGUCACACUUACGUACGAAUUUACAUGUGCGACAGAGAGACAACACGUCUAACGUGGUUAGGUUGAUAUUGGACUGUAGCCGUGCGCGUCAGUUGACGUCCUCGGCGGUUCACUAGACAGUUUCUUCGAAGUAUUUUUCGGAUUAGUUUCAUGCUGUAAUAAAAUUACCUCAGAUCCUUUUUAAGAUUAGGAGUAUUAGGACUAUAAGUAUCGACCUUGUUGUCGACGCAAUAAGAUUCACAUUGCAAAUUUGAUUUCAGUCAAUUUUAUCUCAAAAUUAUAUCGGUCAUAGAUUUUGUUAUUUUGAUUACUAGAAUUUGAUACUACAAUUUAAUAUGGUUGGCUAUAGUAUGGUCUCCUAUUCCAAAUACGAUUUUAGACUAAAGAUACCCACUCAACCGUCCGGCCCGCGAGACUGUUUUCCUGUCAACCGUCCGGGGUUUUUUAGCGACGCACGCCCCGCGCAGCGCAUUCACAACUUUCUACAAAAAUUAGAACUACACUGCCAUCUAAUUUUUUUUAGAGCUAACUAUUUAGUUAGGCUACGUUGUCGCAUCAAGAGAAUUAGUAAAUAAUGCCGAAAUAUUCCGUUAGAUGGCUCUGAAAUCAAAUCUUUCUUCCACCCCUUUGGAGAGCAUAUUUUUUUCGGAUACUAUGCUAUCGUCGGACGGUCAAGUGGAUACGUUAAGAGUUAUGUUUUUACAUACAUUUAGUACAUUGACACAAGCUAUGCUGAUUAGAUAGAAUAAAGAAACAUCAAAUGAAAUAUAAAUAGAAAUUAAAUUUUCCAUGUCUAUAAUUUAUUUGCUAAUUUUGCCUAGUUUCAUACAAAGCGACUGUAGGAGUGUAGGUUAUUUGUUUAGUUAGUACUUUUAAUCAUAAGAUAUUUCAUCGUGUAUGACGAUUGAGAAAUAAAAAAUUUGAAUAAA